AAAAAGUCUUGUGUGUUGCCCUGACUCUGCUGUGUGGCGCUGCCUCCACAACUAUGCGAGCUCCUCUUCUCAGCCUUUGGGGCAAAGUGGCUGAAUUUACCUUCGGCUGCAGCCACUGGAGACUGGAGGACGGCGUUUUCAUCUCCACCUUGAACCAGCUCACUGCUUGCCUGGACCUCAAGUUUAAGGCACCACCUAGGUCUGAGUGGACAGCCUUCAUGUACCGCCAUCCUGAUGCUCGGUGUGCAGGUCUUGGUCUGGGUGGUCGUGGAGAUCGUUUGGUGGUCUGGUUGUUUGGCACAGAGUGGACCACCCUCCCUCUCGGCCUUGGACUAAAGGAGUGGCACUCACUAUGCAUGACAUGGUCUCAUACUAAAGACAGACCCUUGCUUUACGUCAAUGGAACCCUGAUGGACCUCAUGACAGACACUUCACCUUCCAGCUGCAAGCUGGACCCCAAUGGCACGCUAACCCUGGGUGCGGCCCACACCCGAGUGGACGGCACCGUCCGGAUCCUUCCGUCCACCGUCCUGACGGGCACUGUGUCUCUUUUUCGACUGUGGGGGCGAGAGCGAAGCGGGAAGGAAGUGAGGUCCCUUAAGUGUACGGAGGGAGACUUGGUGCAGUGGGUCAGCCACCUGUGGGACACAAGGGUGUGUGCCCCCAUUCCUGACCCUACGCUCAAGUGUGAGUGGUCCAUUUACACAGUCAGCCUGAAGUUCUUCAUCAUUCGACAAGACGGCAACAACACAGAGCUCUACACUGCCAGAGACAUUGCACAUCGCUGGCUGAGAGAUGUGCUUCCUUCGGGCAUUUAUUUACACAGAGUGUCUGUCUUUGAAGCAACAAGUGCAAAAGAUGCAAACACAGCGACAACAUUGAGUGGAGAUGAAAUGUUACGAUGGACCUCCCUGAAUAUCAACAGGUUUGACUGCUUGGUGUUCGUGAGCGUCAUCCCCAGUGUGGAUGUGGCAGCAGUGCAGGACAAGAUGCACGCGGACCUGGGGACGCUCUAUAACGGACCCUCUGGUCUGAUCCAGGUUCAGGCUGACGCAGCGAGCAUACAAACCACGCCUGUUGACAGUUUCCCUCCCCCUCUGACCACAAAGUCUCCCCCUGUCACCACCGUUACCAUGGCGACGCCGACGCUGACCUCCCCAUUCCCAGAAAUAUCCCCAAAUAUCUCAGGUCAGCUGUACUUUGAAGUGGAGGUCAACGUGUCCAUAAGAGGAGAGUAUGAAGCAGAGCAUCUUCUCGCCACUUGGCUCAAUGACACUCUACCUGAUCACAUGAUGACGGUGAUAGACCUUCAGCUCCCCAAACAUCACAGACAUGAACGCAGCUUUGGGGGGAACAUUUUCAUUUCUGAUGGGGUAAGAAAACUGGAAACAUGA